AUGGUAAUUAGUGUGACUAAUCUGGACUCCGCCGGUAUCUUGCAGAAGUGGAGCAAGCUGCGCCGUCGCUGCGCCUCGUUCAAAUCAGUCUCCGGUCCGGCAUCGCUCGACUCGGACACCAACUUCAUCUUGGCCGAGCACCCGGGCCACUACCAGAUCAUCAGCACGGCCACCGGCUCGCCGAUCCAGCAGCCACGAUCCGCCUCGACUCAGCCGUCGUCGUCAGUGAAGCUGCUGCACCACCAUCAUCAUCACCAUCAUCAACAUCAGCAGUCGCAGCAUCAUCUGCUGCACCAGGCGGCGCAGCAACGUCAGCACUAUCUGGCCCAUCAUCAUCGGGUGCAUCAUCAGCAUCACCAGCACCUUCACCACCAUCCGCUGGUGGACUAUCCGCUUCCUGGGAGCCACCAUCACCAGCAUCACCAGCGAGGUUACGACCAGAAAAACUGGGAACUGCGCCAUUCGAGCUCGGGCGGCUCUUCCGCUAGCGCUUCGUCCGGUUCGACGAUCGGCGGUGGAUCGGCGGUGGCCGCAGCUACCGUCGAAGAGUACUGGCAGCACCCGCUCCACCACCCACACCACCACCCGCAUCACCAGUUUGUGGAGCCGAGCGAUGUGAAGCUGUGGCGGCUCGGAGCCCACCAGACGUACGCCCAUCGGAUUCAUCCGGCGCAGCAGCGGCGCAGUGCCCACAGCAUCGACUGGGAGUACAACGUGCACCGGUACGAGAACAUGUGUGACAAUCUGGCUCCGGUGGCCACGGCGGUUCCGCUGGCACCACCACCGGUGCCGGCGGCCCGGAUCUUCCGCACCGAGAAGCUCCAGUACUACGACGAGCUGGCCGACACCGCGGGCCGGCAGAAGGGCGACGUUGGUGACGGUGGCGCUGGUGGCGCGAUCAAGGUGGCCAAAGAGAUCAAGCUGCCCAGCCUGAAGACGUUCAAGUCGGCCUCGAUGCGGCUGCCGGGCCAGAAGUCGUCGAUCCACGAGGUACAGCAGCUACUCCGGAGCAAGUUCAACCGGAUCCACGCGGGUCUGCGGAAACGGCGUGCAUUGUCGGUUCAGGAAGUGUUUCAGGUACCACCGGUAACGCCAGUAACGCCGAUACCCGGAGCAGACCCGUUGGUAACUCCGACGAGCAAACCGACGUUCUACGUCCCAUCGCCACUGGUCAGCGAGCGGAGUCCUCAUGGGCCGUUUAGGCCGAGCCGUCGCUACAACGAAGACGACGAAGACGAUGAUGAUCCGGCGGAUGGCGGGAUGGCCGGCGAUGAGCUACUGCCGGGUGAGGACGAUGGUCCGGUCAGCCUGCCGUACAUCAGCGAGACCGCCACGUCCGAGGUGACCCAGCCGACCACUGCAACCCCCCCGAAGGUGCACCUGCGUUCCGCUGAACACAGUCCCAGUCCGCGGAAGGAACGUACCAAAACCUGGUACCGCAGUAUCGACUUCAACGGGGCCCUCCAGAAGCUGGACCUGCAGCGCCACUCGCUCGAUAUCGCCGGCAAAAGCAAUACACCAAAGAAAACGCUGACGGGAUCGGCGGACCAGAGGACCAGCUCACCGAGCCCGUCCGUGACGUCCGUCCGUCCGGCCCAAGAGAAGCCCCAGUUCUCGAUCGGUGGGCGCGUCAGUUUGCGAGAGCGUGUCGAAAACAUGAACCUCAGCCGAUUGCGGCCCUCGAAGCAGCAGCCGAGCGCCGCGACGAACGGCGUCACCGGAAGCCCAAUCCCGGUGGCCAAGAAGACGGCCAAGAAGCUGGCGGACAUACGCAAGAUACGGCCACGCAGUCAUUCGCCACUCAAGAACAUCAAGAUUAACCUGUCGCCGGUGAAGAAGGCAUUGACACCGGCCGCCGCCGGAGCUGGGGAGCCUACGGAGAAGGGCUCGAAACGCGAAUCGGCGGGUGGCGGCCUGUUUGGGCGGCUCAACCGGAUGAUGCACCAGCACGGCCUGGGGAACUCCGACAAGCUUGCGCAAGUCCGGAAACCGAGCGGUAAAGCGACGCCACCCGGCAGCUCGUCGGUGGCUUCCUCUGGGACGUGCGUUGGCGGUAGUCCAGCGGCCGAUAAGGCGGCCAACGGCGGGCACCACCUCAGUGUCGGUGGGAAUGUUAGUAAACAGUCGACGAUACAGAAGCUCACGCAGCUCAGCAGUUGCAGUCGGCGGGAGCAGCAGUUGCAGCAGCAGCAGCAACAACAGUCCAAAGCGGAAACACACGACGAGCUACGUGACCGGAAAUCCAAACAGAUUUCUGAGACACCUGCGAGCAUCAAUUUCGCGUUACGCGGCGGUCCGCUCAAAGCCAGCAACGGCAAUGGUAUCAUUUCCUUCGCCAACGGUGGUGCGCACGUGACCCCCGGCGAAGAGGACGACGAGGACGAGGACAGCAUCGAGGAGAGCAAAUUCUGUACGCUGCCCCGUCACGGUCCGAAUGCAUUUACCAUCCGGCAGGCUCGCUUUUCGAAAGGUAACGGAGCAAAAGCGCUUGGUUUUUCCAUUGUCGGCGGUAAGGACUCGCCCAAGGGCUCGAUGGGCAUCUACGUGAAGACGAUCUACCCGAACGGCCAGGCCGCGGAGAAGGGCACGCUGCACGCAGGCGACGAGAUACUGUCGGUGAACGGGAAAGCAUUCCAGGGCCUCUCGCACCAGGAGGCGAUCAAUGUGUUCAAGGGCAUCAAAACGGGCGACGUGGUCAUACUGAUCGGUCGGCGCAACAAUCGGCGCAAGCUCGAAACUCCCUCACCGACCGAUUCCGGCACCGGUACCGCGACAUCCUCGACCGGUUCACCGACCAACACGAUAACAUGCAAUGGCGACUGAUUGGUGGUCAUCGAAUCCAGGAUCAGGAGGAAAGCAUGAUCAUUAUGCAACUAGAAUUGUAAACCUACAUAUACACUUGCUGUGCGCAAGAAGAGUGGUGCAGCUGAACACUAACUUAACCCAAAGGAAAUAGAGAGCAACCCCAAAAGCCGAUUUCUUUCGCUUAGUAGGUAGUAAGUACGGUGGGGGUUGCGUAUCGGAUCGUUAGGAACGUAGAAACGCUAGAACGCAAAUAUUUAAUAUUUACCUAUACCAAAGGAUGCAAUAUCAAAAAGUAAUACGCAAGAGCAGAAGAAAGUUCCGCCCGUGUGGAACCAGCGGACGAAGCGGAAUAGCAUUGAAAAAGAAACAUUUGCGAAC